UGAUUGAAGGAAAAAUGAUGUGCCUUCUCGUGAGACGCAAGCUAUAUUGAGCCGAAGAAUUGUUUUGUUCUCAUAACCUAUCUUAAAAUUUGAAUAUUUUGGACCCAUGUGAGAUUUGCAAUGGCAUCUGUCGAUCCGGGAUUGCUAUCGUCUGUUCAUAAUUUUCUUUUGAAAAUUGAUGUGCAUCUUGCGGGCAUCUUUCAAAAAAAGACUAAAGCGGUUCAACUUCCAAAGGGUUCAACAUCCUUGGAAGAAAUUUAUUCAAACUUCCAAUGUACUAAACGUAAUCAGAAUUCACUGGUGAAUGGAACCAGUCUUGGGUCUGAAGAAAAUGGCUCUGCUAAGAAUCAGGCAGACACAAGUGGUGAUGAUUCAAGUAGUGAAGAGGAUGACUCACCCAAAGCUGCACCUGCUGCUCCAAAAUCACCUACUAAGCCAAUCAAUCAGAAGGAAAUCGCUAGUAAUAAUCGAAAACAUACUAAAGGGCAAACGAAGGCGGCGGCGGCGGCGGCUGCGGUCACUCCUGUGAAGGCCACACCCAGUGAGCAGCCCAAAGUGGCCAUCAAAGCUGAGAGCAAAUCACGUGAUCAAGCAUCAGCUGCUGCCAAGCCUCCACUCAACAGACCUCAACCAAUCUUCAAUAAAGUUGCUGCCAAAACCCAAUCUUCCGAUGACAGCGAUAGUGACGAUCAGGAUACAAAUACUUCAAAACCUAACGUUGCUGUAACGCAAAAAUCAUCUAGUUCUGAAGAGAGCGAUGAUGAUGAUGAUGAUGAAGCACCUACAGAAGUCGCUAUUAAAAAGGAAAAAGAAGUAAAAGUAUUCACUCCAAGAAACAGUGGUGAACAAGGAUCAAAUAAAAGGAAGUUGGAUGAAGAUUCAAGAGACUCCAAUAAAAAAAAGAAUAAGUUUGAUCCAGGAUUUGAAAAUGGAGCCAGGAAAGGAAUUUCAAAUGAAGUGUACAACAGCAACGAUAGCAAUGAUGGUGGUAGGCAAUCUUGGGGCGGAAGAGGGAGAGGUUGGGGUGGCGGAAGAGGAGGAGGAGGAGGAGAUAGAAGAGGAGGUGGCGGAUUCCGAGGAGGAUUUAGAGGGGGGAGAGGAGGUGGUGGAGAUAGAGGUGGAUUUAGAAAAAGUUGGGAUAACAACAGAGAAGGAGGAGGCGGAGAAAGAGUGGACAAAGAAGGUGGAUUCAAGAAGAAGUUUGAAAAAGAAGACGGAGGUUUUAGGAAGAGUUGGGAUGGUGGAAGAGGUAGAGGCGGUGGCGACAGAGGUAGAGGAGGAGGAUUUAGGAAGAGUUGGGGGAACAGUGAUGGGGGCGAAGGAGGGGAAAGGGGAGGAUUUAGAGGGGGUAGAGGAGGUGGAGGUGGUUUCCGGGGUAGAGGUGGAGAAAGAGGAGGAUACAGGGGGAGAGGUGGAGGCGGUGACAGGGGAGGAAAAAGAGGCAGUUUUGGAAUGAACACAUCGCCACAAAAUAAGAAGAUUACAUUCGACUGAAGCUACAAUGAUAAUGGAAGAGUUUACACUAUUUUAUCCAUCAACUGUGCCUUUGAAGUUUACGUCUAUUCGGUAAUUUAUUGCAGUAUUUACUUCAUCGAGGUGAUGAGGGAGAUAGAUUACAUGAUUUACCUAGGAUAAUUAAUGAAAGCUAGAGACCAUUGAUAUUGUUUUUUCAAUUGUACAGUUUCGACAUAAUAGAUAUCUGAGACUUUGUUGAUAAGACAGUAUAAACAUUCUAUGACAUAUCCUAUUAAAACGGACAUCAACUUGCAUGAUCAAACUAUACUUUGAUAAUCGAUUUUUUAAUAUUACUAGUAAAAUUUGAGACUGUUUAUGUUACAUUAAUUCAUAAAUAUAAGACAGUAAUUAGUGAUGCUGUGAAUACUGUAUAUUGAUCAGUACUUUCUUAUUAUCAAACCUAUAUUAUGUAAAAUUAUUUAUACUAUAAAUUAGUAAUUAAUAGUAUAUUAAUACAGUGGUUCUUUUUUAAUAUAGUUCAAUAAUGUUGUAGCAAUUUUUGCUAUUUGCCCCAAUUAUUCCGUUACAAUGAGGUGUGUUGUAUUUGGUGAAUAAAUUGUCAUAGAAUGGUUGAAAAACUGUACUGUAGUUUGUAUAUUUCGUUGAAGUAGUCGAUAUUUUUACUACAGUGCCAAUUUAAUGCUGUCUUUGAUUCUCCAGUUAUUUUUGUGCUCUGUUAUCAUUAUACAAUAUUUUUCAAAUUAAUAAUUUGAAAUUCGGUUUACUUUUUUAAACUCUAUUAAGGUAUAUUCUUCAAUAUUGUAGAAAUAUGGACCAUUCAGGUUAAUCUGUUUUUGCGAUUUUGUUGAUGUUAGUGGAGCCUUUCUUUGUUUAUCAAUAAUUAAUUAGGUACUAUUGCUACAGUCUUCAUUAUCCUACUAUAGUAGCCUACUUGAAAAAACUGUUAGAUGAAAGCUUAUCAACCCAAGUAAGUUACUAAACUGUGAGGUCUGUUUGAUACAAUAGUGAAAAGCCAAUAAAAUAUUACUGUAGAACAGUACUAAUAAAUUAGAUAAAUUAUCAUGAUUAUGAACGUUAUUAUUCAUAACUUACUAUUAUGGGCUCCAGAAUAUAGACAAUGAAAAGAGACAAUGUAUUAAUAGAAAAGAGAAGUACGUCCGUACUCCAAGAUAUAACUCUUCAAUCUUGAAGUGUACAGUCAAUGAAUAUCAUCCAAUUAUUGAUCAUUUCACCAGAAACUCAUUUUUUAUUUCUG